AAAAGAAAAAAAAGAAGCACAAAAAAAGUGGAAACUUUUUCCCCCUGUCCACUUCAAGUUCUGAAAAAUCAAAAUGGAUUUAGAGAAAAAUUACCCAACUCCUCGGACCGGCAGGACAGGACAUGGAGGAGUGAAUCAGCUUGGGGGGGUUUUUGUGAAUGGACGGCCACUCCCGGAUGUAGUCCGCCAAAGGAUAGUGGAACUUGCUCAUCAAGGUGUCAGGCCGUGCGACAUCUCAAGGCAGCUUCGAGUCAGCCAUGGUUGUGUCAGCAAAAUUCUUGGCAGGUAUUAUGAGACGGGGAGCAUCAAGCCUGGGGUAAUUGGAGGAUCCAAACCAAAGGUCGCCACGCCCAAAGUGGUGGAAAAAAUCGCUGAGUAUAAACGCCAAAAUCCCACCAUGUUUGCCUGGGAGAUCAGGGACCGGCUGCUGGCGGAACGGGUGUGUGACAAUGACACGGUGCCCAGCGUCAGUUCCAUCAACAGGAUCAUCCGGACGAAAGUACAGCAACCACCCAACCAGCCGGUCCCAGCUUCCAGUCACAGCAUAGUGUCCACGGGCUCCGUGACGCAGGUGUCGUCGGUGAGCACGGACUCGGCCGGCUCCUCGUACUCCAUCAGCGGCAUCCUGGGCAUCACAUCCCCCAGCGCCGACACCAACAAGCGCAAGAGAGAUGAAGGUAUUCAGGAAUCUCCAGUGCCCAACGGUCACUCACUGCCAGGCAGAGAUUUCCUCCGGAAGCAGAUGCGGGGAGACCUGUUCACGCAGCAGCAGCUGGAGGUGCUGGACCGCGUGUUUGAGAGGCAGCACUACUCGGACAUUUUCACCACCACAGAGCCCAUCAAGCCCGAGCAGACCACUGAGUAUUCAGCGAUGGCCUCGCUGGCUGGAGGGCUGGAUGACAUGAAGGCCAACCUGACCAGUCCCACCCCCACCGACAUCGGGAGCAGCGUGCCUGGGCCGCAGUCCUACCCCAUUGUGACAGGCCGUGACUUGGCGAGCACGACCCUCCCCGGGUACCCUCCGCACGUCCCCCCCACCGGACAGGGCAGCUACUCAGCACCAACGCUGACAGGGAUGGUGCCUGGGAGUGAGUUUUCUGGGAGCCCCUACAGCCACCCUCAGUAUCCCUCGUACAACGACUCCUGGAGGUUCCCCAACCCGGGGCUGCUCGGCUCCCCGUAUUAUUACAGCGCCGCGGCCCGAGGAGCCGCCCCGCCUGCAGCCGCCACUGCCUACGACCGUCACUGACCCUCGGAGCCAGGUGGGCGCCAAGCACUUGCAACACAUAUCACUGAGGGCGAUAGCCUCUCAGCCCCUCUGAAGCCAGCCAGAGGGGCCCAAUGAGACCAUCCCCCAGCAAUCCUCUCUCGCCUGAAACUCCCUCCCAACCUUUUCCUGCCAGGGAACUGGGGUUCUAUGGUAAGGCUGUUGGACUUCUAGACACACGUCCAUUUCUAAGAGUCCAUCAGUGCGCUUCUCCCAACAGCAACUGGGUGUCUGCAAAGCCACAGACUAUUCUGCAGACAACUGUAGCCCCAGCCUAGCCUGCCGGUCCCCAGCUGUCUGACCAUCCACCUGUCUUCCUGCCCCAGGCCUGGGAAGGAGAGCUUGUUUUUGUCACUUCAACAGCACCCAUGUAAAUACCUUCUUGCUUUUCUGUGGGUGUGAGGGUCCAACUGAGCAGACUGCCCACCCAUUAUGCAUCCAAUAU